UGAAGAAGAGGAAAAGAUUUUGACUUUUCCAUCUCUGUUUCGGCGAGGGUUUAUCAGACGCCAUGGACACCACCUCGUCACAGCCGUCGAAUUCCAAUCAGACGGCCAGCGAAGCUUCGAAGUACCUCGUGAACCUGCCCUCUCGCGGCCUCUUCUCAUCCACUGUCAUUUCUUCAAAUCCGGGUGGAAUGCGAGUUUAUAUAUGUGAUCAUGAAACUUCACCUCCAGAGGAACAACUGAUAAAGACCAACCAAACCAACAUACUAAUCAGAUCUCUCACGCUUAAGAAACAGAAGGGUGAUUCAAGUUCAAAGGAUGUAAAGGGUACAACUGCAGCAGAGGUUUCUAAAAAAAGGACUGCUGAAAGAGCUUUAGAUAGCAGAUCUUCAUCUAAGAGAGCUAUGACCAAUGCUCAAAGUAGUUCUCGACGAGAAGGAUCAGGAUCAAGCACCCGCACAUCUGAUAGGGAUUACCAGAGUUUGACUGUUGAGAGGCUCCGUGCUCUUCUUAAGGAGAGAGGUCUUUCACCAAAAGGAAAGAAGGAUGAACUUAUCGCACGCCUCAAAAGUGUAAAUGGUUAACCAGGCAUUGGGAGAUGGACAGUCCUGCUCCUCUUUUGGAUAUAACUUAGUAACAGAGUGAAUCCGAAGCAAGAAGGGAAAAUCUUGCAUCUCCAAGCUGUAGUUAUAUGCUACUCCAUCUUAUUUGUUCUGUGUAAUUUUGUUGGACAUGUUGCUUAAGAAUCCAGAAACUGGACGUUGACUUAGAAGAUGGAAUGAGUGUGUUCAGCUA